AGAUCUCUCAAGUGCUAAGACCAUCCAAAUGAGUAUCCGUUUCUGGUGGUAUAUACCGAUACCGGCUUUUCAGCACGAAUCGAUCAUUACACGGAGAUUUUGUUUGUGGAUAAAACCUGUUGAAAUGGACCGUCUGAAAUAACAUUUCAAGCACUUAAACGAGAAGAAAAUAUAAACAUUAUAGGGUCGAUCAUUUGUUCAUUCUUCUGGAAAUAUGACGGAAUUAAAAGAAAGAAAGAAGGGAGAGAUCAAUCGUGGCUUCGAAUCUGACGAGAAUGGACCAACGUCUUACAAUGAAAAAGCUAUCGAGAUCAUUGACGGCCCCGACAACGGUGAAGGGGUAAAAUUAAAAAGAGAAGUUGGUCUACUUGGAGCAUUUGCUUACGUGGUUGGGUCGAUGAUUGGAUCUGGUAUAUUUGUAUCCCCCAAAGGAGUUCUUUCUUCAACAGAGAGCGUUGGGAUGAGUCUUGUUAUAUGGUUUCUAUGUGGUAUAAUUGCACUGUUAGGCGCUUUGGUGUAUACCGAAUUGGGUCUGAUGCUGCCCAAAUCUGGUGCUGAGCACACGUACUUGAACACGACCUUUGGAUCAUCCAUAGCCUUUGUGUACGCAUGGGUUAGUAUCACCGUUAUUCGUCCCGCAGGCAUCGCUAUCAUCUCAUUAACCUUUGGUCAGUAUAUGGUGGCGCCCUUCUACAUUGGUGAAGAAUGCGGUCCACCUGAUAUGAUUGCGAAGCUUUUAGCCGCAUGUUGCAUUGUCUUGCUGGCAAUAAUCAAUUGUUACAGUCUGAAGGUCGCUGCUCGAGUUCAAAUCAUAUUCACAGUGGCUAAACUUCUGGCUCUUGUAGUCAUUAUAAUCCUUGGUUUUGUGGAGAUUGGUCAAGGGAACACCGAAUAUCUGGACCCAAAGGAAUCCUUCAAAGGUUCGGCCUCUAAUGUUGCUGCUUAUGGACUCGCCUUCUAUGCUGGGUUAUGGUCCUACGACGGAUGGAACACGUUGAAUUUUGCCGUAGAAGAAAUGAAAAGUCCAGAAAAAACAUUACCCCGUGCUAUUUUACUGGGUCUACCAGUGACUACAGUAGUCUACCUUCUGACCAACAUUGCCUACUUCACAGUCCUCAGUCCAGAACAACUUCUACAGUCAGAUGCAGUCGCCGUGACAUUUGCUCUCCAGACUAUGGGUCCUGCCUAUUGGUUAAUCCCAAUAGCUGUUGCUAUGUCAACGUUUGGAGCGGCUAAUGGCGUAUCUUUUAUCGCUUCAAGGUUAGCCUACUCGGUGGCACAAGAAGGUCAUUUUCCCCAGGUAUUAUCAAUGGCACAGCACAAGAGGGUAACGCCUGUUGUUUCCUUGAUUGUUGUGUCUGUGAUCGCACUGAUUCUCCUGUUUGUGUCGAACAAUUUGGAUAGUUUGUUAAAUUAUUUCAGCUUUGCUUCGUGGUUUUUCUAUGGUAUCACCGCAUUCACCUUCCUCUAUCUCAGAUAUAAACAUCCCGAUUGGAAGAGGCCAUACAGGGUACAUUGGUUAGUAGCAGUUUUCCUCCUAAUCGCUUCUCUAUAUUUCAUCAUCGCACCUAUCAUCAGCGACCCCGCCCUCGAGUUUCUCUUCGCUGCUAUCUUCAUGGUUGGUGGAUUGAUUUUCUGGAUACCUUUCAUUCACUACGGAUAUCAACCAAAAUUCAUGGAACAUUUCACAACCUACUGUCAGCUGUUUUUCGAACUUAUUCCGACAUACAACACGGAAUUGAAGGAUCAGUCGACCAAGAACGACGGCACCGCGUUUAAUGAAGAUGGAGCCAGCUCAGAAUAAUGUAUUAUACUAAUGAUAACACGGUUCAUAUAGCCAAAUAGAACGGAUGGAGUCCUUAUAAUAGAGAAGGGUCUAUCGGUUCAUAUCGAUACUGAAAAUAUUUGUCAUAUUGACACAGGCCCAUCAAUAAUUAGGCGAAGUGGUCCUCGGACGAAUGCCAGUUAGCUUGAGUGGCAAUUGACCCCACUGCUCAUUGCUAUACAGACCACGAGUGAUGGACAGAUUACAUAAUGUUAAUUUGUGAUAGAUUAAUCUUUGUAUGGACCAGAAUUUGAUAAACAUUCCUGCAUAAAAUGAUAGCUGUUGAUGUGAAAGUCUUAAACUUAGCUUGAAAUUAACUCUUGGUGGUCAAGUUAGAAUUGGCCAUUCCGAAAAUGUGUCACCAUCAUGGAUUGUGCUAAAAUUAUACGAGACCCCAGAAAAAAGUCAACAAAACUUGUAUACACUGUAUAUUUAUAUAUAUCUAGUUAAUAUUCCCGGGCCAGACAAUUAUUUAUGAUUCGAAAUUGUGUUCAUAUAAUUUUUUUUAUGUAAUAUCUACUGUUAGAGAUUUGUCUCGCAUGGUUAUCCGGAGUUAAAUGACAGCUUUCGAUGAGGAGUUAAAAAUAAGGGCAUGAAACAGAUUGCUCUGAUCAGUCCCCAUCAAAGAAAUUUUACAAAAUCAUAAUUAUCUUGAAAAAUGUGGAACUUGGGAAACUUGUGAAAACAAACCUUAUGUCUAAAACAUGUCAUCAAUGCAUUCCAUAUUAUGAAUAAGUGUAUAUAUUGUAUUUUAAACAUUACAUUUGCUAGUCACUCUUCUAUUACAUUCCAAAUUUAUGUAUGUUGAAUUUCAACGGACCUGUUUUGGUUUUUCAUAUAGAUAUAUUCUGCUUCUUCCCGGCGGGUGUUUCAUAAAGUUGUUCGUAUCUAUAUAGUACGCAUGACCACACUAACCAUGCUCUCAGGUGACCUAUUCCCCGUUUCAUAAAGAGAUACAACUAUUGUAACUGUCAGUAUGGUAACUACCAUGGUAACAUGACACAGUAAUCAAUUACAAUCAAGGUUUUCAUGGAAGUUAGAAUAAUGACAAAUUUACAAUAGUUGAAGGUUUUUAUGGAACGGACCCCGGUUCUUGUGCCAAAUGAAAUACACAAAUUACUGGUGGUUCAUCAAGGUGGAAGUCAAUUACCUUUAGACCUUAUCCUAACCAAAAUUUGACAAAAUACACUUAGAAGCUUCAAAGAUUGGAUGAUUUCGACUUUAGCUGCUUGGGGUCUGUCAGAUUUAACAAGAUAAUGCCUUCUUGUCCCCUGAUAAUAAAUGUAAUAGUAAUAAGGAAUUUGUAAAGCGCCCCUAUUAAGAGUAAUUGCUCAAGGCGCUCUUAUAUUACCCGGCUAAACUCGGCUACAUGAUUCCGGUGCGAACAGUUUUUUGAGAAAUUGCUUCCUGCCGGUUAUCUCAACUGGGAUGAGUACAGUGCAUUGUGGAUAGAUUUCUUGCUGAACAAAAUUACGCCGUGGCUGAGAUUCGAACCCACGACCCUCGGUUUCAAUUAAGUCCGGAGACUAUUCCACUAUAGAGUCGUAUGUAAGUUACAAAUAGCUGAAUGAAACAUCCCUGGUUGCCUAAUCGUGUUAAUAACAAGCUAUUACAUGACCCAAUUAUCAACAAAAGAUUAAUUAAUCAAAAUCGAAUGUGGAUACCGGUAUAUACUUGUUGCUAUCUGGAAAGCUUUUUGAUAGCUUCGGACAUCAUUUACCUAAAAGGAUAUGAGUGAAAUAUAUAUUUUUUUAGUAGUAAACGGAAAUUAGAAUUGUAUAGACUUCUUUCUCCCUAUCUUUCUUCGACUUCUCUUCUAUCCGAGUUUCUUUCUUUGCUAAUCAUCACUUUCUCUCAACCCUUUUUCUAUCCAUUUCCUCUCUCUUUAGAUCGUUAAUACUUUUCAUUUAUCUGUAAUACCUUAACUGAAGUACGUGCAAUAAAUAUCUUCGUGAGUAUAUGAGAUGUUGCCUUUCCGUCUAAGUAAGUAGCAAUAAACACCCAUGGUCAUUUCCCCCCCUCUUCUUUAACUUCCCAUCGUUGUUGACUUGAUUGUUUUAUUGUUGGAUAAAUAGUUAAGAAGUUAAACACUGCAUUUGUAUUCCACUGCCCUGCAAAAGUUAAAAAAAAAACUGAUUGUUUUCUUUCUCAUAUCAAUAACAAAAUCAAAUAGACGGUAUAAUCUUUGCCAUUGAUCCUCUAUGCCUGAAUGCAACUGAAACAUUGUAGUAUAUAAGAUGUCAAAUAAAAUGUGUAUAUAGUGUAAUCAUAUUUUGACUUGUGAAGAUUUAUUAAAUACCUCUUAUCAAUACAUGACAA